AUGGUUUGCCUCUUGCUCAGCUACUCGCUCGCUCUCGCGAGCGCCUACCUCCUCUGGCUUCAGCUCGACCGCCACCCGCCCGCCAAAAUAUUUGUCGGCUUCGACGUCUUCUCCGAGCAAGAGUGCUCGGAUGCAGUCGCCUUCGCAGAGUCGGCCAACGCCUGGACGCGAACCAGGCACGCGCUUUACCCGACGGACGAUUUCAGCGUUUACGAUCUGCCGGGCCUCGCUAACCUGCCACGGAGCGUCGAGGAGCGGGUGCUGCCGCUCCUCCGCGCUUCCUUUGGUAUCGCCGACGGCGUGGCUCUCGCCGUGUCGGACCUCUUCCUGAUCCGCUACUCGAGCUCGAGCGGCGGGCAAGCCGGCCUCAAGUGGCACACGGACGAGACGACGCUGAGCAUAAGCGUGGCGCUCAGCUCGCCGGAGAGCUUCAGCGGCGGAGGCGUCGAGUUUGACUUGCUCCCGCAGCCGCUCCGAGCGGACCGCGGCAGCGUCGUGAUGCACCCGUCCAAGCUCCUGCACCGCGGCGUCGACGUGACGGCCGGGAAGCGGUACGUCCUCGUCGGCUUUGUCACCGUCGGAGACGACGCGGUCCUGACGUUGGGCAACUCGCCGCCUGGAUCUCCGGAGCUCAUCAACGGGCUGUGGGCGACGUGUGUUCAGGUCGUGCCGUCGCCCGGCGCGCUCGGCGACGUGCCCGCCACCGCCAGCAACCUGCCUCGCGCGCUGACGGAGGAGCGCUGCCACUCCAAAUUCGAGGUUGUGGCGCGGGCGGUGAGGACUAAGCUCGACACCCUCGGCGAGGGCGCGGCCUCGCUCUGGAGCGGCGAGGAGAUUGGCGGCGACGCGCAGCAGCUCCUCAUCCUCAACGGGUGCCUCCUGCUCGGCAGCGUGCUCUUUCUGCGGGUGGUGUCGUGA